UCACAAGUUCAAGAACAACGCUGGCCGGCAGAAUCGUUGCGGCCAUAGCGAGCGAUACACGCGAGCGCGGGAAAUACGUGUUCGUAAUUUGAAAUUUAAGUGUGUUUUUUUUUUAAUUUUCUUCAUUGCUAAGGUUGACGAACAUUCAGCGAUGCAGAACCUCAUAAGAUCAGCAAUCCUGCUACUCGCAGUAGCAGCUACAUGUGCUGCGCCAGCAUCCAACAACAACCUGACAGAAGACAAGAAGGAGCCGACCACGCACGAGCUCCUCAGCUCCUUGGGGCUCAAAAAGCUGAGAGUCCCCGCCGCCCACCACCGGAAGCGGCUAGCGGAACAGGGCAGGCGACACGGGACAGGCGACUCCCGGAUGUACGUCAUCAAAUUGCCCCCAAACAUGAAUUACUAUAGCAACAUAGACCCCGCGCCAGCCGCAGCCAGAACUCUGCCGCUACAGAUGACAAGCAACGGUAAACCAGCCAGAGUGUAUCAUUGGAACCUCCCGGUUCUCCAUAAGCUUGCGAAGAACCGACCCCAAGCAAGGCUAAACGACGAUAAUAUUGUAGACGUGGAGAGCACACCGACGUGGCCAAAAGGACACCCGAAUUCCAUAGAAGCGAUGGCGUACUAUGUGCCCGCGAAAAAGCCGUCUUUCAGGAAGUAUUACUCUGGUAAUGGAAAACCUAAAUCGUUCUACGUCCUGGAGAAGAACAAGAGUGCCGUGGAGUAUCACAAGCUGUUGCCGUAAUCUUUCAUAACGUUAUCGUCAGACUUGUAUUCAAUGAUCGCUUAAAUAUUGCUAAUAUUUGCAAUUUUUGACGUUUGGCUAAAUCGAACUAUUCAAAUAUCCACCGAAAAA